AUGAGCUCAAGCAAGCCAAUGUUUGUUCCUCUGAGUCAACAGUUCAAGCUCAGUGCCAAUCAGAGUCCUCAAAAUGAAGAUCAGAGAAGAGAAAUGGAUAAGAUUCCUUAUGCAAAUAUAGUGGGAAGCAUCAUGUACACCAUGGUGUGUACAAGGCCUGAUAUCAGUCAUGCUAUAAGUGUUGCAAGUACGUACAUGGCAGACCCUGGUCUAGAACAUUGGCAUGCUUUGAAAUGGAUAUUAAGAUAUCUAAAUGGUACUCAAGGAUAUGGAAUUCUGUUUGAUGGAAAUGAAAAAGAGGUGGAGCAGCCUCUGAUGGGGUGUUGUGAUUCUGACUUUGCAACUAAUGUUGAUACAAGGAAAUCACAAUCUGGAUAUGUGUUUUGUUUGUAUGGGUCUGCAGUGAGCUGGAAGCCAAGCCUCCAGUCAGUAGUGUCACUCUCAACAACCGAAGCCGAGUAUAUAUCCUUAAUUGAAGCAGUGAAGGAAAGCCUAUGGCUGAAAGGAAUAUGCUUUGAUUUUGGAGUUGCCCAGGAUGCAGUAACUGUGUUAUGUGACUCAAACAGUGCAAUAUGUCUGUCAAAACAUCAAACCUUCCAUGAAAGAAGUAAGCAUGUGGAUGUCAAGCUACAUUUUAUAAGAGAUGAAGUGGAUAAGGGUUCUGUGAAGAUUGAAAAGGUUGCAACAGAAGAGAAUGCAUCUGAUAUGCUCACAAAAGUUCUGUCUGGAUCAAAGGUGAAAUAA